AUGAAUAUUAGCCGCCGAAGCCGACACGGCAAGAUCAAGAAGGAGGAAGAUGGCAGUCCGAUGGAAGUUGACGAGCUGCCCCAGAAGGCACCGCGACUACUGAAGCCUCCCCGUCAAAAGAAUGGUGCUGAUGCUUCAAUGGCGGAGGGGAAGAUUUUACCCGGGCGUCGGAGUAGACGUAAUCGCGGGGGUUCCCCUGUUCCCAGUCUGGUGGGAGAGUGCGGGGCAGAGGAAAUUAAACUAGCCCAUCGCCGUCGGCUUAUUCUCGAAGAUGAAUCGGAAGAAGAAUUUGUUGUUCACGCAAUCCCCGCCCCUAAGCAAGUGGAACGCAAACGUACUUGCAAAUUUCCUGGAACUAACGAUGGGAGGGGUCGGCGGGAGAGUGAGGCAAAACCUGCGCAGCACCUGAAGUCUCUUGCUAAGAAAGGGAGAAAGGGGAAGGAAAAAAUGGAAAGCUCACCUACCUCUAUGGGCGGCGGGCUAAACCCAGAUGGAAGUAGUGUUCCAUUGCAAGAAGCGGAGGGCGGCGGGCUCAUCCCUGUAGUGGGGUGUGGCCCAUUACAAAAUGAGGAGGUGGGCCGAAAGAGGCAGCAGGAGGCCCAAGUGGGGCGGGGGAAUAGGCUGGGUAAGGCCCGAUUGGAAAUGGGGGGGGGGGCUGCCUUACCAGCGGGAGGAGUGCGAAUGGCCAAGGCGGGUGGGCCGGCCCAUUCUGCUGGUCUGGAAGAUGCGGGCCCGGAGAGGACGACUCGGUGA